GGGAGAGUGUUUGUACCAGUGACGAAGACUCUGCAGGUCUGGGCAGGGUUGGCGUGUGACGUGUAAGAGGGCAAUAAGCAGCGCUCCCGGCUCCGUGUCACUCACUCAGACUCACACACCGAGAGGGGAACGAGACGAGAGCGAGAGAUCUGCAGGAACAAACCAGGAGCAGAAAGAGUGUGUGAGAAAGUGCACCAAAGGCCAAAAGAAGUAACAGACAGAAACUCGAAGAAACUCCAACAAAAAGAUGGCUAUUGGCAAGAACUCCAGGAUGAGCUCAGUCCGAAGCUCCAUCAGGGCCCCAAAGUUUCUGGACAAAUCGAGUGGCUUCUACGGUCGCCUCGACGAGCCCGAGGCCGCCACAGAGGUAGAGGAGACUGGUGUAAAUGUUUGCAACAUAGAGGAGGGAGUCUCGAGUGACCCAUCCAUCACCGCGGUGCACUGCUCUGAUGAGAAGGAAGAAGGCGAGGUGUUUGGCUUCAGCGAAGGCAUGAUGGAAGAUGACGACGAGAGCCUCCUGAGGAGGAAACCCAGCCGCCGCAGCAGCAGGUGGAGGAGAAGCUCCAGGAGGAAGCAGAAAGAGGGGAGAGCAGACGAGGACGCAGCCAGAGAGGAGAGGCACAGCCUGGGCACGGAGGGUCCAGCUGACUUCCCCGAAGACAUCAGGGUGAAGAUUGAGGUAGAGAUGGAGAACCUGAAGAAGGCGGAGGAAGAAAAUGAGAAGGCGGGCAGGGAGAAGGAACCCGUGCUCGUUCACUUCCCGGCUCGGGAGGACGCUGACGACCAAGUCCUUAUCCGAGACAAGAAGAGAGGAAGAGAAGACGAAGAGGAGGAGGAGAGGAGGAUGACGAAGGAGCAAGAGGAAGGGAUGAAAGUGGUGAAGAGGAAAAAUUACCGCAAGGCCUUGGACCGAGCACUGCGCCGCGGCUGGGAGGCCUUCGUCGCCAACCUCUACAGCGUCACACUCGCACCGGUGAACUCCUCGCCAUCGUCGUCUUCACCGUCGUCAAAGAAGAAGCACCAGCACAAUUCAGUGUUAGCAGAAUUUCAAUAGAAAUGGAAAUAGAGAUGGACAAUGAAGCUUGAGGCUUCUUAUGCAGCGUUUUACCACGACUGCUGCAAAGUAUCGGACAAUCCUGCCUGUAUAACAUUUACCACAUGACGUGUCUGAGUCAUCACCUCAGGAAUAUUAAUCAAUUAUGUAACUUACUGAGUCUUAAUUACUCAGCUGAACCUUUAUUGCCUUGUUAGGAUGCACCUUAGCCAGGACACAAACUGCAGGGCUCGAUGGGCUGCUGGUUUUACAGUGAAGUCUAUGAGACUGGCCUGAACAGAAAUCCCUGGUCUUUAUGUGACUGAGUUCAGCAGCUGCUCGUCCCCCUUCUAAUCUCCAGUUUUAGUCAAGUAAGAGCAUUUUAGCUCUUACUAUCCAGUUCGUUACUAAGAGCUCGCAGUGCAAAUGAUCUCUGCUUCCUUUGGUUUAGCGCUGUGAAACUCCUCGAGUGUUGAUGUGUAA